AGGGUCUGGACGGCCUGGGUCUGUUCGAUGAGGAGACUACCGAUAUAGUGCGCCGGUCACUGAAGGAGUCACCCAUUCAAGUGUCCAUUGGAGUGAAGCCGUUACUUAUGCUGGCGGAGAUGUCCCGCCAGGACGAAGAUAACAAGAUGGAGAACUUUUUGCUCAUGUUCAGAGAAGAAUGUGUCAAGCAUGUAGGUCGAUUCUAAGGUGAUGUAGGUAGAUUCUGUUUGGUCGGGGUUACGCAGGCGUGUACCGAGGAGUCUCUGAGGCUGAUCUCUUGAGCUUCUAAGGAGUGUCUGACAGACCAAAUGUUAUACGCAAUGCGUAGGUAUAUAAUUCAGCUUUCAGUAUCUGUUGGAUAUAGCCAAGUUGCUGUCGUGGUUCACAUGCAGCCCACUCUGGUCCGCGAGAGAGAAUCCGCGAGCAAAUAAGGUGGAUGGUGGGCAAGCUAGCUCAAACCCUACCAGCCCUAGUCAAAGUGUAUGUGUAAUUAAAGUACAAACAACCCUAGAUAUAAUGUCUCAGUUGAAAUAGUCGAGGGUGGGCCUAGGCAUGAAUACAGCAGCAUUGCAGUAGAACAUAGGUUCUGUUUCUGUGCGUCAAAUCGAAUCGACAGUAAAAGUAUACUUGACAGAAUCGUGUCGCCUGUCGACAGGCUGACUAGAUUGAGACGACACUGACACCAACUAAAUGUAAUGCACAUUAUAACAUAAAGAAACAGUCAUAAUUUAC